AUGACUACAGCACACAGGCCCACAUUCGAUCCAGCACAAGGGAAAGAGGCUCUGCGUGGCCCUGCAUACCACCAGCGACUGCUCCCAGCACAUACGCACUUGAAGACUCGUCAACUCGGCCAGGGUGGUGAAGGUGAAGCUCAACAGCGCGAUUUGCGCGCCGAAUUGCUCCAAGCCGAAGCCGCUCAUUUUGCGAAGAAGAGGGGUAUCCCCGUGAAUGAACCAGCCGUCGAGAACACAGCACCCAAACACCAAUUAGAAGACGGUCCAUCUGGUGGUGAUUCAGUUGGGACAGAGGAUGAAGACCCGGAAGCCAAACGGCGGCGAAUACUAGAGGAGACGCGGGACAUAGAUGCAGAUUCAGAUGGGUCUGAGGAUGACAGUAGUGAAGAAGAAAGUGACGAUGAAGAAGAUGAGGCCGCCGAGUUGAUGCGAGAAUUGGAAAAGAUCAAGAAGGAGAGACAAGAACAAAAGGAGAAAGAAGAGCGCGAACGUGCUGCUGAAGAGGAAGAGAAACGUGAAUAUGAUAUUGCCAAAGGAAACCCGCUGCUUAACGCUCAGGACUUUAACUUGAAACGCCGCUGGGAUGACGAUGUGGUCUUCAAAAACCAAGCCAGGGGAACUGAGGAUAAGAGAGGAAAGGAGUUUGUCAACGAUUUGUUGCGAUCGGACUUCCACAAGAGGUUUAUGAAAGCGAAAAUGGACUCCCAGCCAACAUCCAAGGCAUUGCAUUAUCGCAUCAACACCAAUAUCUCCCAAUUACUUCAAAGAUUCGAGAAUAUUAUGGCAACAGCAACAGUUGAGAGUACCAGCCAUACUUCAACAGCAGUAGAAACAUACCAACUCGACGUUGAAUCGACUGCAUUGGUCCGUGCCGCCGAAGAUAUUCUCUCUUUAACCCGUACAAUGAAAGAAACCUGGCUCUUUGGAAAACUCAACACUCUCGGCGAAGACGAAUCGGAUGUGAAGCGGCGAGAGGAGCUAGAGAGGGAUGCAGAUGCUAUUCAGACGGCCAUCGAGGAGGGCGGCCUGUUGAAACCAGCUAAAUGA